AUGAUCCCGCCAGGGGAGUGCAUGUACGCGGGGAGGAAAAGAAGGAAGCCCAUCCAGAAACAGAAGCCUGCUGUGGGGGCUGAGAAGUCGAACCCUUCCAAGCGGCACCGAGACCGCCUCAAUGCUGAGCUGGACCACCUUGCCAGCCUGCUGCCAUUCCCACCAGACGUGGUCUCUAAGCUGGACAAACUCUCAGUCUUGCGUCUCAGCGUCAGUUACCUCAGGGUGAAGAGCUUCUUCCAAGCCGUGCAGGAGAAGCGCCCACUGCGACCGGCAGCCAGUGGCCCCUCACCAGGAGCCAGAGAUCUGCAUGGAGGCUCAGCCAUCCUGGAGGGAAGGUUGCUGCUGGAGUCCCUGGACGGCUUCGCUCUGGUCGUGAGUGCAGAAGGGGUGAUAUUUUAUGCCUCAGCCACAAUCGCAGACUACCUGGGCUUCCACCAGACGGAUGUGAUGCACCAGAACAUUUACGACUACAUCCAUGUGGACGACCGCCAGGACUUCUGCCGGCAGCUGCACUGGGCCAUGGACCCCCCGCAGGUGGUGUGUGGGCAGCCCCUGCACUCAGAGACAGGAGAGGAUGCUGUCCUGGGGAGGCUUCUCAGGGCCCAGGAGGGGGCCGCGGGCCCCACCGAGUACUCGGCCUUCCUGACACGCUGCUUCAUCUGCCGUGUGCGCUGCCUGCUGGACAGCACCUCGGGCUUCCUGACAAUGCAGUUUCAAGGAAAACUAAAAUUCCUGUUUGGACAGAAGAGGAAGGCACCAUCGGGGACUGUCCUGUCCCCUCGGCUCUCACUGUUUUGCGUUGUGGUACCCGUCCUCCUACCUGCUGUGGCGGAGAUGAAAAUGAAGGGCGCAUUUUUUAGGGCAAAGCACAGGACAGACAUCUCAGCCACAAUGGACACAAAAGCAAAAGCCACCAGGAGUCUGUGUGUGUCAGAACUGCAUGGAAAACCCAAUUACUUAGCAGGAAGAAACAAUGGAGAAAAUGGCAUUUCAGUGUUCAGGGCGCAGAUGGAUGCCUGCCACUGGGCCCGGGUUCCAGCCAGGGCCACGUGUCUGUGCCUCAGGGGUGGCCCCGACCUGGUCCUUUACCCUGAGGGGGCCGCAGGGGACUGGGGAGGAGAGGAGCACAGGCGGGUGCCAGGCAGCUCCUCCGGGGUGAGGAGGAGAAGACGGGAAAUACACGCAUAUGACUGCUGCUUCGAGACACCGGGACCCAUGAGGCAGCUGAACUGGGCAACAGGGAAACAUGGUCAGGAUGGCACCAAGCUGAAGGUGGAGCCCAGCAGGAGUGACCCGUUCUCUGUGCAUGCCACACCCCGGGGCUCCUGCCUGCCCUACCCUAGCACCCCAGGCACUGUCCCUGCCUUCAGGAACUCACCUAGCUUGCAGCAGUCUCCUAGUGGGUAUGCCAGCCAGCCGAGCAGAGCCUUUCGGGACGGUGAUCAGGGCCAAGUACACCCCCCCACCAGCUGUCCUUUCCCCCAGGAAAGCCUGGAAAACCAGCUCCCUCAGCCUGGAGUCCAGUGUCUCGCAGCAGGGGGCUACUCCACCGAGGACAUCAAGUUGCCAGGUGUGCCCAUGCCCCUGGAGGCCCCAUGCAACCCCAUGUUGUCACUCAACAUACCCAUCAAGAUGGAGAGUGACUCUGGGUCUGAGGAUGCAGCAGAUGGCUACUCUGUGCCCCCAAGCCAGGUGUGGCUGGGAACCAGUGAUGCGGCCAAGAGACAGCUGGUCACUUUCCCUACCAGGAUGCACUUAAAAACAGAGCCAGACUCCAAGCACCACCUGUAUCCCCCGCACCUGGGGCAUGGCAUGCUGGGGGCUCCCCCCAGGCCUGGCAGGGAGCUGGCCCCAUUCCAUUCUGCACACUGCGUCUGCCUGGAGCGUGGCCAUGGCCCUCCUGAGCCGGAGCCUCCCCCCUGUCUUUGUGUGCGGAGCCACCGGCCCCCCACUCUGGGCUGUGACUGCAGAGCUCCCGGGACCACGCCCAUGAUCAAGCUUGAGCCCUUGGACUCCCCACCGUGGGCUGCUCACAGCCAGAGUGGGGUGCCCAGAAUGCUCCCCAGAAGUGCCUUGGCGACACUGGUGCCUCCCAAAGCCUCUGAAUGCUCUUUUCUGCCAUAG